CUUCAUUGAUAAGCAGAAAUACUGAAAAUAGCGAAACAAUUUUUUCUCAUCCGCAGCCAAAAUUUUUAUUUUUACUUUCUUUCUAACCUUGAUCGAUGAGGCCAUAGCUUCGUAAUAUUUGCUGUUAAAUCGCGCAGGUACGAACCAUUACUCCAUUUCACAAAACGUACGCAAACAUAUCGUAAUUUCAUUUCGGUGACUGAAUGUGUUACUCAUGAUUAAAAAAGGCGAAAUUCUAUUAUCCGAAAAACCUUUCGUUUUUGUUUUAAAAUCAUCUUUACUGAAGCAAAGAUGCAAUCAUUGUUUUGCCUCAUCAGAAGUGAAAAAAUGUUCUCAGUGUCAUUACGUUUCCUAUUGUGGAAAAAACUGUCAAAGGUCUGCGUGGGCUCUGCAUAAGCUGGAAUGCUCCAAAUUGGCCAAAACAUUACCUAAUAUUUUACCAGAUUCCGCUCAUUUAUUGAUUAGAUUGAUUUUGAAGUUGAAAAUCUCAUCAAAUCAAGAUUCCAACAUUUGUCAAAAUAAGUAUAAAGCUAAGAAUCGUCCUUUUUCUGAUCUCAUGUCUCAUUAUGACGAAUUAUUGCAAGAUCAAAGAAGAAUGGAACAUUUCAGAACUCUGAUAAUGCUGUUAGGAAUAUUUUUCAACGACGAGGAGAAUUUAGACGAAGAUGAAAUAUUGCAGUUGUUUGGAAAGAUGUGUAUAAAUAGUUUUAAUAUUUUGGAUAACGACAUGAACAGCAUAGGAACUGGAAUGUAUUUAGCAGCUUCCAUUCUCGAUCAUUCCUGCGAACCAAAUGCAGUCGCUAUUUUCGAAGGGACCACUAUUUACAUAAGGACGAUUAAGAAUUUGAAACGAUUCGAUUGGAGUAAUAUUAGAAUAUCGUAUAUCGAUGUUCUGAAUUUAACAUCGCAUCGUAAAAAAGAACUGCAAUCGAUGUAUUAUUUUCUAUGUGAUUGUGAACGUUGUCGUGAUCAAGAGGAAGGUAAUUUAAUGAAUUCGAUGGCCUGUCCUAAUAAAAAUUGUUCCGGUUUCGUCCACGUACCUGAAAACAUUUCCGAUAAAUUAAGCUGUGCGAUGUGUCGAAGUAUUGUUUCCAAAGCCCGUAUCGAUAAGUUUCAAGAAAUAACCCCGCUUUCUGAUUACCACUUACAGAAUAUGAAAAGCAAAGAUAUGGCUUAUAUCGAUGUAUGUGAAAUGACGUUGAAAAAACAAAUCAAUGUUUUGCACGAAUACAAUGUACGUAGAGUGAAAAUCAUGGAUUUAGCCUUUGAAGCAUGUAUAAAUUUAGAACGAUGGGAAGACGCUUUCAAAUAUGGUCGACAAUUAUUACCUGGUUUCCGAAAAUACUACCGAAACCAUCACCCGCUGGUCGGACUACUGAAUAUGAAGUUAUUGAAACUAGCCCUUCUGCAAGAUGAUUUAUUCGCUGCCAAAUCUUAUUAUAACGAAGCGAAAGAAAUUCUUUUGGUCAGCCACGGAAGUCAUCAUUCGUUAUAUGCAUCGCUACAAGAAGUAUUCUGCUCGUAAUCUGCCGUUUUAUAUUUUAUUUAAAAAUCAAACAACACAUAGAAAGUUUUGAAAUGCAGAUAAAUGAACAAUAAUGAUAAUCGUGAAUGUACUCCGCUAGAUGAAUUAAUUUUUAGACUAGUAAAACGUUGAAUGAAUUAGUUUAAAAAUAACUGGUUAAAAAUGAAAGCAUCAAUGGCA